AUGCAUUCAUACGAAGAAUCCAACGUGCCCUUUUUGCAAGAUCUCAAGGACGACUCGUUCGAAAGCAGAGCCCUGAACCGUGAAAAGCCGGCCUCGAACUCCAAGAAGCUUGUGUGGUGGACGUUUUAUACCCUGGUCCUCGUUGUGUCAAAUGCAUUCACCUUUUAUGGUGCUCGAGUCUACCGCCAUAGUCAGUUAGACAAGGUGUGCACUGCUCACACCUCACAGAGUUGGAGCCCUGUUGAGCAAGAUGUAGAAAUUCAUUACAACAGCAGGCGCUUCAACGCGUCUUUCUAUAAUGAGUCCAUUUAUCGACAACCCGCGAGUCCUGAAGUGGACGCGGCGUGGGAGGAACUGGGCACCGAACUCAAAGGCAUUGUCCUAUCGGUCGAUGAGGCCAAACGCUCUGGAUUAGAGUUGGAUCGUGUCAUGGUGGGCGAGGACUAUGGAGGCCCCGGAUAUGUGGCAUUCGUGGAAGUAACUCAUCAGAUCCAUUGCCUGAACCUUCUACGUCGAGGCCUGUGGUGGAACUACGACUACUACAUGUCCAACAGCAUAGCCGAAUUUGCUGACGGCGAAAGCAUAGUCAAACUCCAUAUUGGGCACUGCCUCGACACCCUUCGCCAGGCUCUCAUGUGUAGCUCUGACACUGGCCUCCUUCCUUUCGUCUGGGUUAGUAACAAUGGUAACCCUCCCAAACAAUUCCCCGAUUUCUUCCGGGAACACAAAUGUCGAAACUUCGAGCCGAUUCUGGACUUUGCAAAGCGAAGAGAGGUAAAGGCGCUCGAGCAUAUGAAAGCGGUUCCGCAUAAGGGGGCCUUGAUUUUGGAAGACUUUCCAUGA